AUGGCCGAAGCAUUGGGCAUCUCCGCUGCCGUGGCGCAAUUCGUCGAUAUAGGCUUACGUCUUUGCCUCAAAUUGCACGCCUUCUGCAAUGAAGUGCACGAAGUUCAUGUCAAGCAACAAAUCGAGGUGGCGUCCCGUAUACAGGCCUCGAUCCUAGGGGGAUCUGUCGCCCUAGGUGGCAACUCCGAGGCCCUGUUGGAAACAAUCCUCAAAGAUCAGCGCCAAGCUAUGGAGUGUCUUCUCGAUCUCAUCAAUUCUGUCACAAAUCUACCCGGCGACGGCAUCUUUCGUCGUGCUUGGAAUGGCAUACGAGCGAUCGACAAGAAGAAAGAGAUGGAGUUCGUCUGCGAGCAGAUCCAGGCCAAAGCGAGUCUGCUCUCGUCAUGCCUUGCAAACACCAAUCUGUAA